AGUACCAAUCGGCGCAGCGCUGUGUAAUUAAACCUCCAACGUAAUCUCCACAGCACCAUCCCCCAGGUUUAAAUCCACUCCAGCGGCGCAGUCCAUCCGAACACCGCCCCGCGCCACCGGCCCCGUCCCGGACAAGAGCAGAGACACCGCAGAGACACCGCAGAGACACCGCAGAGACACCGCAGAGACACCGCAGAGACACCGCAGAGACGCCGCCGCAGAGACCAUGGUUUAUGAGCCGCUGUGACCGAGGAGCAGUGCAGUCUGUGCAUUCAGCCACAGGAGCAGGACGCAGCAUCGUCUCUUUUUGUUAAAGCGGAACAGACCGGACUCCGCGCGGACAGGGCUGGUCCUCCUCUGGGUGUGAAACGCAGCCUGGCUAACGCUGUAGCCGCCGCCGUCGCCGCCGUCGUCAAGGAAACCCAGACUCCUGUCCGGUUGCCAUGGGGAAACAGAACAGCAAGCUGCGGCCGGAGGUGCUUCAGGACCUCCGUGCGAACACCGAGUUCUCUGACCACGAGCUGCAGGAGUGGUACAAAGGUUUCUUGAAGGACUGCCCCAGUGGGACUUUAAACGUUGACGAGUUCAAGAAGAUCUACGCUAACUUCUUCCCGUACGGCGACGCCUCCAAGUUCGCCGAGCACGUGUUCCGCACCUUCGACACCAACGGCGAUGGGACGAUAGACUUCAGAGAGUUCAUCAUCGCCCUGAGCGUCACGUCCAGAGGAAAACUCGAGCAGAAACUGAAGUGGGCCUUCAGCAUGUACGACCUGGACGGAAACGGCUACAUCAGCCGCGAGGAGAUGCUGGAGAUCGUACAGGCCAUUUAUAAGAUGGUGUCGUCGGUGAUGAAGAUGCCCGAGGACGAGUCCACGCCGGAGAAGAGGACGGAUAAGAUCUUCAGACAAAUGGACCUCAACAACGACGGAAAGCUCUCCCUGGAGGAGUUCAUCAAAGGUGCCAAAAGUGACCCCUCCAUCGUGCGGCUACUGCAGUGCGACCCCAGCUCCGCCUCCCAGUUCUGAAGCCCCGCCCCCUCUCCUGCACUGACCCCGCCCCUCUCACCUUCCUCUGUUACUACGGAAACAGUCACUCCAAAAUAAUGCAUGAUGGUUCUCGUCUCGUUUAUCAUAUCAUUUCUUUGGAGUUGUUGUUAUUUUGUAAAGACGACGUUAUCGCUGUAAACGAGAGACUUUGCCAGAGCGUCCACUCUCGCUCCAGAAAGGAUCUUUGCAUUAAGAUGUUGAAUUUGCUUAUUUUUAUUUUAUUUUUUAUUUCAUUUUUUUUGCAAUUUGAGAGGCGGCGCAUUCUCACUUUUCAUAUGAUUUUCUUGUACAUCGUGUAUAUACCGUGUGUCUUUAUCACGACUUGAGUUGAUUUGGUCACAUUCACAGUAUUAUGUAGCCGAGCUCAUCCGGUUCGUUGUUUUAAGGUGUGGGAUUAAACAUAUUUUUGUUAUUUUUUCAUUUGUACAUAUUUCUUUCUUCAUAUUUUAUUUAUUUAUUUGUAUUUUUGUGAUUUGAUACGCUGAAGAAGACGCUGUAACGAUGUGACUGACACAAAAUGUGAAUAAUCCGACACACGUUUGAGUUAAAGGAAGGGUUUGUGGAGCUUAAAGGGACGGUACGAACGCUGCACUGAGACUGGUUUAAAAAUCAACUAUAAUCUGACUCAUUUUAGGUUGCCAGUCCCUGCAGAAGUUUGCGUUUUCUCAAUAAAAUGGACAGAACGUGCCUCAUUUUCAGCUCAGAACCACUCGAGGCUGCACUCGCACUGAUCCAUGCUCUGAAAUAACUGGAUUUAAUCUUCAGAACUGGCAACACAAAGUGACUAAUUCUAUUUUCUCAUUGGAUAUUUGCUUGAGAAUCACCAAAUUAUAAAACAUCUUGGCCAUAAUGUGCAGUGUUUUUGUGAUAAAAACACAUUUAAGUUCAAAGUAUCUGUAAACGCAGUAUUUGGUCGUUUAGCUCUGAUCUGAGGACGAACAGGGACAAAGUCUAUCAAAGUCUCACAUGUCCUUCCUUUAAACGCACUUCUCACGAUGCAUUUUUCACACCGGUAGCACAUAUUGUUUGAGCCGCCAUUUUGUGUCUGCGUACGGCACCUGUAUGCUUGAAUUUAACAGUAUUAUCUCAUUGUGUUGUUCUUGGUUUUUAUUCUUAAAUCAGGCAGUAAAGUUAAGAUACUGUAGUUGUAACUCGUCACUACUACUUACUACUACUUCUACUACUACUACUACUACUACUACUACUACUACUAUAACUACUGCAUGAUCCUUCCUGACACAAGAAGAUCAUAGCGACACAAGCGGCGCCGCACAGAUCGCGUUCUUUUCCUGCAGCUUUGGUUAAAUAAAUCUGGUCUUUCCGGGACUUUCCGCUCUCCUUUCCCUCCGACAGAGACUCACUAAGGGCUCGUUCAUCUUCUGAAUGCUUUUGUAACACUGCAGUGAGAUGAACAGGUACGAACACGGACCAAGUCUCGUCACUUGAUCCCGAUCUCAAGACUUUUCCGGGCGGCUGCUUUGUUUACAGAAAUAAACACAUUUUUGAAACAGUUUUAAAUCUCUUGAACUGACUCCAUGUUGAAAUUGGCCUGGGGUUUCUUACACUUUACUCACUUUAUAAUAACUCUGCUUUAAUUAGCCUCAACGAAGAAAGAAAGAAAGACUCAGGCUUCGUAAAUACACAAUACCCAAACUCCUAAAGCCACAAUGUGUACAUUUUUACCCAGAAAAUAUAUAUAUUUUUCAUCCUCCUGCUUGUUUCCAUGGAAAUGCUAUAAUCUUCCACAGAACGGCCUAAAACUCCAUGGAGAAUGUCCCGACGUGUGUGUUUUUUUAACUUUCUGUUUCCAUGGAGUCAUGCAGGUGAUGUGCCACGUCCAGAAUGUUACACACUGUAGCUUUAAGCCGUUACCAGGCCUGAAUCAGUCUGAAUAAACUCCUCGUGUGUUAAACGUUUGUUCAUUAAGGUUAAUUAAAGUGUCGUUAUUACAAAGUGAGACCCACAUUUCUACAAACAAACAAACUUUUGGCUUAACUGCGGCUAAAGGCUUCAUUGCCAGAUCACUACAGCCACUUCAACCGAUCCAACGGGUUUGACGUAAAAAAAAAGAAUAAAAAAUGAAUAAAAAACAGGAUUUAAACCAGAAAAAAACAUCUCAGAUAAAUGACACUAGAAGAAGCUGAGCAUAAAGCUGCUUUGCCCUGAUAAAGUGAGCAUUAGCUUAGCAUGUUAGCCGCAUCACUGAGUCUCAUGGCGUCUGGGGACCGUCUGUGGUACACUUGCGCUCUCUAGUGGUCAGGCUUUAUAUCUUACACUAAAUGUAUUUAAAAUGUUCAAACCUUCUCGUUAUAAAUCUGUUUGAUUCAAUUUAAUUCCCUAAUGUGUUAUUUUAUCUUGAUAAUGAAUGUUUGAAACUCUUCCUCCUCCUCUACCUCACUGAAGCAGGAAACUGUGGCAAAGUGAAAUGGCAAUGCACGCCUCACGACAACAAUCCGCCCGUUUAAAGUCUCCGUUUUGCACACGAGCUCCUUAACCAGCUGCACUUCAGCUUUGGGAACCUUAUAGUGUCACUGCCUCCUGCUGGUAAGAUAAGGAACAACAGCUGCUUUUCCCUUGACCGUUUUUUUUCUAUUCUCACUGCCUCUGACCGUGUGCUCGUAGACCUGUCCACCCUCCUCUUCUUCUUCUCUUCUUCCUCCUCCUCUUCUUUUUCUUCUUCUUCUUCUUCUUCUUCUCUACUUUUAUGUUGCAUGAAAACCUCACACGAGGAUGUCAUGGAUAUUCUGUUUGAACUGAACAAAUAUACGUCUGUGUUUAAACUC